AUGCGGAGACACACUUACUUGUGGCGCAUAUUUACAUUACUACUUAUUAUCACACAAACUUCCACUUACAUUGUACAUGACAAUGACAAAAUUCCACUUUUGUGUGCAAAAAAGCACAAAACACCCAUGUCUACUGAUCAUAAAAUCGGUUCAUUGAUUGGAUUGAAUCGCAGAUCUAAGGAUUCCCAAACCAGUCCAAUAUUGAUACUUCGAAACGCUUCGCUGUGGCGAAAAGAUAGACAGAUUUUGGCUAAUAUAAACCUGCAAAUUAAUCCAGGCGAUAGGAUAGGCAUAAUUGGUAAUAAUGGCGCAGGGAAAUCCACUUUAAUUAAGCUAAUUCACAGUUGUGUUAGCAAUUCGCCGGUAACAGACGCGCUAAUUACAUGUGACCAGACUAUUUACCGCGGGGAUAAACUCAAUGAAUUAGGAUCUACAGUUAAUAGUGAACGGUUUUACUUUAUUCUUGGCAUUUGGUUAUCCCUUCAAAUGUGUAAUUCAACCCACAGCUGUGCCAAAUAUGCAAUUGAAAAAUUCCUUAGCGACAUGGAGGGGUUGAAAUUUGACCAAUUUUAUCGCAUUAUAAUUAGCAAGAUUGGCAAUAAUCUCAAUAUAAAUACAUGUACUAUGGCAGACAAUAAUAAGAUAGUCCAUAUGCAUCAGGACUUUAGGAAAGAACUCAAUAUGGAAAAUACAUUGGUGACUGAAAUUGCUAGGUUCCUCCAGCCCAUAUUCAUAAAAGAAAGGUUUACCCGUUUUGUCAGUGAUAACAUCGAGGCAUUACAGAGUAUUGCAGACGAGAGUAAUGAUAGUGGUGUGGUUGAGCAUGUGAAGAAUUUGUUGAACACUUACAACCAAAAUGGUACACUCAUUAAUAGGCAAUUUAUUGAGUAUAGGAAUAGGACAGAUAAAUUGAUCAAGUUGUUCGAAUUGGAAUCUUAUAAAAAUUUGCAACUAGGACAUUUAAGUACUGGAUUAAUUGUUCGUUCCUACAUAUUAUUAUCGCUGCUGCAAAACCCCGACCUGAUGCUAUUGGACGAGCCCACAAAUAAUUUAGACGUAAAAAAUUCGGAAUUUUUGGCAGAAGCGCUGAAAGAGGUGGUAGAUAAUCACAAAAUUUCGGUUUUGGCAGUAUCUCAUGAUGAAAUAUUCCUCAACAGAUAUAGUAACAUUAUUUGGGAGUGCCCGGGCGAUGGAUCCGUGGAGAUUAUUAAGGGCAAUUAUGACAGGUUUAUAAAUUACAAGAAUGACAAGAUCAAACGGGUACAACUGAGGAAGAGUAGAUUGAUAACACUGAUCACAAAACUUCGCGACAAGAAUGGAGAUUCGGCAUCUGCAAAGAAUUUUAGGGGCGCAAAGGGCACAAAGAGCGAUGGGAAGAGAUUUACCGAAAAAAUUACAAAUUAUACCAAAGAAAUAGAACAGCUACGGAUCACUAGGGGUCCAUUAGAACUCUCUAAAUACUCUACACUCUAUGGUAAAUCCUUACAGAUCGGAGAGUGUGAAAAUUUGUUCAAUGAGAAGCGGUUUAAAAGUUUACAAAAUAAUGAGUUAUUUUGUAAGGGUUCUCCCUGCAAGUUUGUCGAGGGUUCCCUUUUGGAGUUUCGAAAUUACACAAUAACUAAAUCAUCAAAACAAGCCACAUCAUCUGGCUGUGAUGCACAAACAGAUAUUAUUUCUGGUUACUCAUUUAACAUUAAAGAGGGUGCUAACAUUGCUAUAAUGGGCAAAAAUGGUGUAGGGAAAUCAACACUUAUUAAAUCUAUUUUUAGAGUGUUGGAUGACGGAUUUACAGUGACAGGGGAUGUAAAACAGGCCAAGAGCAACAUAAGGAUCAACUAUUUCCCACAAUUGCACAUUAAACUGUUUGACACGCCUACUGAAGUUUUGAAAUUAUUACUGGAUAUAGCAAAUGGUAAUAUUAGUCUGGAGGGCAGCUUAUAUCAUUCAUUGGAAGGUUAUCACGAUUUUGACCAUAAAUCUAGUAAUGUUGAGGGGGAUCUAAAACAGAUUAUGGCAAAUUUUCAUAUAGAUGAUACCAUUUCCAAUAGUAUGAUAUGCAAAUGUAGUUCAGGGGAAAAGUCAAGAAUAACAUUAUCCCUCUUGUUUAUGAGAGAUUGCAAUUUACUAGUACUUGAUGAACCAACAAACCACCUAGAUACCUUUUUGAAAUCUUAUUUGGUCUUUUUGUUAAAUAACAUUUUUGAAGGCAAGUUCAUCAUCAUAACGCACGACGAAGAAUUUAUAAAGCGACUAAAUAUACACUACGUACUUUAUCUAUUGGAUAAAAAUACCAUAUAUACUAUUGAUAGGGGCACUGAAUUCAUAAGGGACUAUUAUGCACAAGUUCACAGUAAUGAUUUUAAACUGCGGGAAUUUCUGGAAGAAAGAGGUACUACUUCUAUAGGUGGUAGCGAAAUUAAAAUGGAUUCUAGCGGUGAGAGACUUGCAGACGUGCUGGAGAGAAGAGAAAUGGAGAGGGAGGAUGAAAGGAUCAGGGAAACUAAGAGAAGAGCGUCUUUUGGCGGUAAUAAUAUCAGUAACACACCCAGAAUUAAGAACUUUAAUAGGUGGAAGUAA